AUCACUGACGAGGUUGGGCCUGGCGGGCCUUGCGGACACAGUAAGGUCGAUUUAACGAAAUUUCCACACGGUUCCGGCCGGUUAUGGUGUAGUUUCAUCUGUUCUAGUUCAAACCAAAGCUCCUUCCACGAUGUAUCAACCGAUAGAGAAGGAGGGCCUACUAGUGAAAUACGUCCGGAUAGCCGGUGUUGUGGCACUUUAUUGGUUCGUGUCGAUAAUGACGGUAUUUGUGAACAAAUCCCUGUUAAGUGACCUCGAUUUAGAUGCCCCGCUGUUCGUAACUUGGUACCAGGUACUAACGACGGCCACGAUAUGCUUCACAAUGAGCAAACUAAGCAAACGGUUUCCGAACCACGUAUCAUUCCCCGAAGGUAACCCGUACGAUCGGGCUACCGUCGUCAAGGUGCUUCCACUAUCGAUACUCUUCACCGCCAUGAUAGCCACGAACAACCUCUGCCUGAAGUACGUCGGAGUUGCCUUUUACUAUGUUGGCCGCUCGCUAACAACUGUUUUCAAUGUGAUCCUUACGUACGCUCUGCUUGGCCAGCGGACGAGCUAUAAUGCCACACUGUGCUGUGUGCUGAUUAUCCUUGGCUUCUUAAUCGGUGUUGAUCAGGAAUCAAUUUCGGAAUCAUUCUCCCUCGUCGGUACGGUGUUUGGUGUGCUCGGAUCCCUCAGUCUCUCGCUCUACUCGAUCUACACCAAGCGCACGCUACAGUACGUGAAGCAGGAAGUGUGGUUACUAAGUUACUACAACAACGUUUACUCGGCCGUCCUCUUCCUACCGCUGAUGGUGCUGAACGGGGAGGUGCGCGAGGUGCUUCACUUUGAGCACCUGUUUAAACCCUGGUUCUGGGGUGCGAUGACGGUUGGUGGAUUGUGUGGCUUUGCCAUUGGGUUCGUUACCACGCUCCAGAUUAAGGUAACGUCUCCCCUGACACACAAUAUCUCCGGCACGGCGAAGGCGUGCGCUCAAACCGUGAUUGCUACCUCGUGGUACCAUGAGGCCAAAUCACUGCUGUGGUGGGUCUCGAAUGGAAUCGUGCUGCUCGGUUCGGCACUGUACACCCGAGUGAAGCAGGUCGAGAUGGACAAGAAACACCGGGAAGAGCUCAUCAAUGAGAAAGUGUGAAUUAACGUGCUCAGCAGCAGGACAGAGCGGGCUGGUUCCUUUAUUUUACUUUCCCUUACAUAUUUGUACGACUUUUUGUGUCUGUUAAACAAAACAAGAUAAACUUAAAUACUAAAAACA